GUAAACAGUUUUGAUCAGAAGGUUUUAUUUUCACUACAACUACUCUCAUCAUCGUAAGUCGAGCAGGAGGGAAAGGCAUUGCAGAAGCACUGGGCAUAGCGAGGACGACAAUCCAGACUGUCCUGAAAAAGAAAGAAAGCACUGGCGAUCUAAAAACCAAACAUGGAACAGGUUAACCAAGGAAAAGCCCAACAGCUGAUAACUGAAACACUGUGAGAGCUGUGAAUAAGACCCCCAAAACAACAGUUAGUGACAUUCCCAACAACCUCCACAGGGCAGAUUUCCAAACCUGGAGAAGCUUCACAGAAGAAGAAACAGUCGCAGGAGUGAUGCAGUUACUGCGAGUAAAGGAAACGCAACCGAAUAUGACCUGUUAUUUACUUCAAGACUGAUCUGUUCCGAUACUUAUGCUCACCUAAAUAUUGUGUGUUCUGAUAAGACAGGUUCCAUGUUUUAUGGUGUUUAACACGUCUAGAUGUAAACACCAGGAAAUAAAUAAAAGCUGAAAUCCGAAACUCUCGUCUCAUCUCCACCUUCUGAUCUCAAACCCAGACGUCUUUGGUGUAGAGCACACGCUAAUGAAUUAGGCUUGCUGUUCCAAUAGUUUUGGAGGGGACUGCUUUUUACAAGUCUUUAAAAGUUCAAUGGCAGACGUGCGCCACAAUCCCACCGACUGCCGCGUCGACAUCGCAGGGUUUGAUGAAGAUGAUGAUGAUUAUAGUGAUGAUGAUGAUGACGCUAAAGCUAACGGCAUCUCACUGCCUGAAGUCACGUGUCUCUGCUGCUACGACGUGUUGCUGGAUCCCACCACGCUGAGCUGCGGACACAGUUUCUGUCGUCAUUGUCUGGCCAUGUGGGUGCUGUCCUCCAGGAAGACCACGUGUCCGACCUGUCGCAGGAUCUGGCACGGUUUCCCCAAAGUCAACAUCUCAUUCAGGGAUUUGGUGGAGAAACAUUUCCAGGCCGACGUGGCGAGAAGACGACAGAACAUCAUGGCCGACCCACGUGUUGUUCGGUCUCUGCAGGUGUUACAGCAAGCUGAGCGUGUGACUCGCUGUCGAGCCACUCCGCCCCCUGUGCAGUGGUACCCCUGGCUGGGUCCCAGAGGAUUCUUAUCUGGAGUACUUAUCACGCUCACCUUCGCUGCUGUGGUGUUUCUGGUGUAUCAUUGGCGUGCAGGGGACAUGAAGGUGGAGCGUUUGGUGAAGAAGCCGCUCGGAGCGUGGACGCCUGAUGAGGUGGCCAUGUGGAUGGAGAACCUGGGGGCGUGGACAUCUCCUUACAGACACAUCUUCUUCAAGGAGCAGGUCAAUGGCAGGUUGUUAAAUGCACUAGGAGAACAGGAUAUGUUGAAGCCUCCAUAUGGAAUAGAGAACGAGCUCCACAGACGUGCGUUGCUAAAAGAAGUUCUCCUUGUGCAGGAACUCGGCUUCAAGCGACCACAAAAUCUCUGGGAGUACAAGGCAGUAAAUGGAGGGAAGUCUUUAUUUCUCCUUUUCACCAUGACCGACUCUCCACGUCUCACCAUCCUCUACAUGUACUUCUUUGAUUAUUACGACUCGUUCCUGCCUUUCAUUCAUGUCAGCUGUCCAUCAGCGCAGAAGAAUAGUUCAGGAGACGACCUGCCCUUUAGGAACCUGGACAGCCCUGAUUGGAGACAGUGGUUGUCGUUUACGGUGCAGUUCUGCCUCCUGCCCUAUCAGCUGAUUUAUGACUUCGUGUGGGAUUGGCAGGAUGUUCACUACUGGACAUCACGCAUCAUCAUGUGGCACUGUUUUACACUCACGUUGCGAGAAGGUCAAAUACUGUGGCGUCUCCGAAGCCACAUUCACCUCAGGACGAUUCUGACCAUGUUCUUCUGCCAUGUGUGUAUCAUAGGAGCGACCUGUUUCACCGGGCUGCUUUUCUGGAACAUUCUGCAUCAGUUUUUUUGGGAUUGUUUGUUCUACUGGGCUCUUUACUUCCUCCCCUUAGGCAGUACAAUCAUGGUUCUGUGUCCCUUUAUAAGAGAACUGUGUCCGAAUUUAUAUAAUCAACAAUAGCACACCUGCACACAAACACAUACACACACAGUAUGGUGAAUGAGCAGUGUUAAAUUAACUUCUCCAGAAAUUUAUAUUAGGAGAAAUAUUAAGAUAAAUGAUUUGUACAUUUACUGUCUUCAAAAGAUCACGUGUUUAAUAUAAUGCUUGUAUUAUGUAUGAUUUUCAUCAUUUUAUUACGUAAUAUAUUUUCUAAAAAGGGUUAGAUUUUUAAGUUUGGGUUUUAUUUCUUCUAUUUAUGAAUGUCCUGUAAAUUGUCUUACUACGAAUAAAGAUCGUGUUUAUA